AUGGACGGAUCUUCUGAACCCCCACAACAACAACAAUUUAACCCGGGUGUCGGAGUUACUUCAACACACAUCCCGGUGAUGUUAGAGGCGUUUUUGUCAUCGUUCUUCGUGUUGAGUUCCGCUAUUUUUUUCUUUGUUGAAAAGACAAAUGUGUAUUGUAGAGCAGUUGCGAUGCAGAGCAUUAUUUGGUUCUUUAUUCUGUUCAUCAUCGCUCUCCCAUUUUAUAUGGCUUGCAUUGCCUUCGGUGGCUUUGGGGAGGUUGUUAUGAUGGUCUAUGUCCUUCUUUACAUUAUCUUCAAAAUCGCCCUCAUCCUUAUGGCGGUUAUCCGAGCACAUUCAGAGGUUUUCCUUGCUGUCCCACCUUUUGGAAACAUCAUCAAUAAAUACGCCGCCAACCUCGACUAA